AUGGCGGAUGGAAAGACCUCUGCAUCUGUGGUGGCGGUCGACGCCGAGCGCGCGGCGAAGGAACGCGACGCGGCCGCCCGCGCGAUGCUGCAGGGCGGCGGCGUCUCACCAGCUGGAAAAGCUCAGCUGUUAAAGAAGGGCCUCGUGCACACGGUCCCGUACACUCUCAAGGUCGUCGUGGCGGACCCCAAGGAGAUGGAGAAGGCCACGGCAGAUGCGGAGGAAGUGCUCCAGGCUGCCUUCCAGGUGGUCGACACUCUCCUCAACAACUUCAACGAGAACAGCGAGGUGUCCCGCGUCAACCGAUUGGCGGUCGGUGAGGAACACCAGAUGUCUGAGACUCUGAAGCAUGUAAUGGCCUGCUGCCAGAAAGUGUACCACUCGUCGCGCGGCGUCUUCGACCCCGCCGUCGGCCCGCUCGUCCGUGAGCUGCGCGAGGCCGCCCAUAAGGGCAAGACGGUGCCGGCGGAGCGCGUCAACGACCUCCUCAGCAAGUGCACGCUGAACGCUAGCUUCUCCAUUGACAUGAGCCGUGGCAUGAUCGCCCGCAAGCACCCGGACGCGAUGCUGGACCUUGGUGGUGUGAACAAGGGCUACGGCAUCGACUACAUCGUGGAGCACCUCAACAGCCUCGGCUACGACGACGUCUUCUUCGAGUGGGGCGGUGAUGUCCGUGCCAGUGGCAAGAACCAGUUGAGCCAGCCCUGGGCCGUCGGUAUCGUGCGCCCCCCCGCUUUGGCGGACAUUCGAACUGUGGUCCCGGAGGACAAGCGGUCCUUCAUCCGUGUGGUCCGCCUCAACAACGAGGCCAUCGCCACUAGCGGUGACUACGAGAACCUCGUUGAGGGCCCCGGCUCCAAGGUGUACUCGUCAACCUUCAAUCCGACGUCCAAAAACCUGCUGGAGCCGACCGAGGCGGGCAUGGCGCAGGUCUCCGUGAAGUGCUGCAGCUGCAUAUACGCCGAUGCCUUGGCCACCGCCGCGCUCCUCAAGAACGACCCGGCGGCCGUCCGCCGCAUCCUGGACAACUGGCGCUACGUGCGUGAUACCGUCACCGACUACACCACCUACACCCGUGAGGGCGAGCGUGUUGCCAAGAUGCUCGAAAUCGCUACGGAGGAUGCGGAGAUGCGCGCGAAGCGCAUCAAGGGCUCGCUGCCGGCGCGUGUGAUCAUCGUUGGUGGAGGUCUGGCCGGUUGCUCGGCUGCGAUCGAGGCGGCCAACUGUGGCGCGCAUGUGAUUCUGCUGGAGAAGGAGCCAAAGCUCGGCGGCAACAGCGCCAAAGCAACGUCCGGCAUCAACGCCUGGGGAACACGUGCGCAGGCGAAGCAGGGCGUCAUGGACGGCGGCAAGUUCUUUGAGCGCGACACGCACCGCUCCGGCAAGGGUGGCAACUGCGAUCCGUGCCUUGUCAAGACGCUAUCUGUAAAGAGCUCCGACGCGGUGAAGUGGCUAUCCGAGCUUGGCGUGCCGCUGACAGUGCUGUCGCAGCUCGGCGGCGCGAGCCGCAAGCGUUGCCACCGCGCCCCAGAUAAGUCGGAUGGUACCCCGGUUCCGGUGGGCUUCACGAUCAUGAAGACUCUGGAGAACCAUAUCGUCAACGACCUCAGCCGCCAUGUUACUGUGAUGACGGGCAUUACAGUGACAGCGCUGGAGAGCACGAGCCGUGUCCGCCCUGAUGGCGUCCUUGUGAAGCACGUGACGGGGGUCCACCUCAUCCAGGCCAGCGGGCAGUCCAUGGUUCUGAACGCCGACGCUGUCAUUCUCGCCACCGGCGGCUUCUCGAACGACCACACGCCCAACUCGCUCCUGCAGCAGUACGCGCCGCAACUGUCGUCCUUCCCCACCACCAACGGUGUAUGGGCCACAGGUGAUGGUGUGAAGAUGGCGAGCAAGCUGGGCGUGGCGCUGGUAGACAUGGACAAGGUGCAGCUGCACCCGACCGGUCUGCUAGACCCGAAGGAUCCGUCGAAUCGCACCAAGUACCUCGGUCCCGAGGCGCUGCGUGGCUCCGGCGGCGUGCUGCUGAACAAGAACGGUGAGCGCUUCGUGAACGAGCUGGACCUGCGCUCCGUCGUGUCGCAGGCGAUUAUCGCGCAGGACAACGAGUACCCCGGGUCCGGCGGCAGCAAAUUCGCGUACUGCGUGCUGAAUGAAACCGCGGCGAAGCUCUUCGGCAAAAAUUUCCUCGGCUUCUACUGGAACCGCCUCGGUCUCUUCCAGAAGGUGGAUAGCGUCGCUGGUCUGGCGAAACUGAUUGGCUGCCCGGAGGCGAAUGUGGUGGCAACCCUGAAGCAGUACGAGGAGCUCUCCUCCAAGAAGUUAAACCCCUGCCCGCUAACUGGCAAGAGCGUGUUCCCUUGUGUGCUGGGUACCCAAGGGCCCUACUACGUCGCCCUCGUCACACCGUCGAUCCACUACACCAUGGGUGGCUGCCUCAUCUCGCCCUCGGCGGAGAUGCAGACGAUAGACAAUAGCGGUGUGACCCCCGUUCGUCGUCCCAUUCUUGGUCUCUUUGGCGCUGGCGAGGUGACGGGCGGCGUGCACGGUGGCAACCGUCUCGGCGGCAACUCGCUGCUGGAGUGCGUCGUCUUUGGCAAGAUCGCCGGCGACCGUGCGGCCACGAUUCUGCAGAAGAAGAACACGGGGCUAUCCAUGACGGAGUGGUCGACCGUGGUGCUGCGUGAGGUGCGCGAGGGUGGCGUGUACGGUGCCGGCUCGCGCGUGCUGCGCUUCAACAUGCCCGGCGCGCUGCAGAGGACUGGCCUUGCACUUGGUCAGUUCAUCGGCAUUCGCGGUGACUGGGACGGCCACCGACUGAUUGGCUACUACAGCCCCAUCACGUUGCCGGACGAUGUCGGUGUGAUUGGCAUCCUUGCCCGUGCCGACAAGGGCCGCCUGGCGGAGUGGAUCUCUGCCUUGCAGCCUGGAGACGCGGUGGAGAUGAAGGCGUGCGGGGGUCUCAUUAUCGACCGCCGCUUCGCCGAGCGCCACUUCUUCUUCCGUGGCCACAAGAUUCGAAAGCUCGCCCUCAUCGGUGGCGGCACGGGUGUCGCGCCGAUGCUGCAGAUUGUGCGGGCUGCGGUGAAGAAGCCCUUCGUGGACUCGAUCGAGAGCAUCCAGUUCAUUUACGCCGCCGAGGACGUAUCGGAGCUGACGUACCGCACCCUGCUUGAGAGCUACGAGGAGGAGUACGGCUCUGAGAAAUUCAAGUGUCACUUCGUUCUCAACAACCCUCCUGCCCAGUGGACCGAUGGCGUCGGCUUCGUUGAUACCGCUUUGCUACGCUCCGCCGUGCAGGCGCCGUCCAACGACCUUCUGGUGGCCAUCUGCGGUCCGCCGAUCAUGCAGCGUGCGGUCAAGGGUGCCCUCAAGGGUCUCGGCUACAACAUGAACCUCGUGCGCACGGUGGAUGAAACAGAACCCCCCUCGGCCAAGAUUUAA